AUGAAUCACAAUGAGGAUGUAAACGAUUAUUGCCAUAGAGUAGAAAAACUAUAUUAUCAAUUAUGUACCGUAAGCACGUUAAACAAAGAGCCUGCAGAAGCAAAAAUUAUACAUGAAACAUUAAGGGACCAAACUCUAGCAGUAUUUAUUAAAGGAUUAGUAGAACCGAUUAGAACGAUAGUAAAAUCUCGUAAUGCUAAAACUCUUGAAAUCGCGAAACAAAUCGUUAUGUCAGAACAGGUAGAAUUAAGAUUAGAACAGGAAAAUAGGAAUCAUUAUUCGAGUAGUUAUUCGCAAAACAAUAACCAACGUAGAUCGAAUUAUGAAAAUAGGAACAACAGGAACAUAAGACCAAAUAACUUUGUAAGGGCCGAAUAA